AUGGAUAUCAACGAGUAUAGAAAGGAGGCCAAGAAGGCCGUCGAUGAGAUCGCCGACUACUACGAGUCGAUCCCGUCCCGUCCCGUCCUCGCCGAUGUCGCACCGGGCUACCUGCGGGCGCUGCUCCCCGACGCCGCGCCGCUGGAGGGCGAGCCGCUGGACGCCAUCGCCGCCGACAUCCAGAGCAAAAUCCUGCCCGGCAUCACGCACUGGGCGCACCCGGGCUUCAUGGCCUUCUUCGCCUGCACCGCCUCGCACCCUGCCAAUAUCGCCGAGAUGUGGUCCAACGCCUUCAACGGCGCCCACUUCAACUGGAUCUGCUCCCCGGCCGUGACCGAGCUCGAGACCAUCGUCAUGGAUUGGCUUGCCAAGGCGCUCGCCCUCCCCGCCUGCUUCCUGAGCUCCGGGCCGACCCGCGGCGGCGGCGUCCUCCACGGCUCCGCCUCCGAGGCCAUCCUGACCGUCAUGGUCGCCGCGCGCGACCGCUACCUGCGCAAGGUCACGGCGCGCCUGCCGGAGGACAUGAGCGAGGAGGACAGGGAGGAGGCGACGUGGCGGCACAGGAGCAGGCUGGUCGCGCUGGGCAGCGCGGGCGCGCACUCGAGCACCAAGAAGGCGGCGCAGGUCCUGGGCGUGCGCUUCGACACGGUGCCGGUCGACGAGGCGAGCGGGUUCGCGAUGACGGGCGAGGCGCUACGACGCAAGACCGAGGAGCUCUGCGCGAAGGGCCUGGAGCCGUUCUACCUGACGGUCACGCUGGGAACGACGGAUGUGUGCGCGGUGGAUGACUUUGAGGGCAUCGCGGCGGCGCUGGCCGCGGACAGCGCCACAGCUACUGCUACCAGCAACGGCACCAAUGGCGCCUCAACCAACGGCACUUCCGCCACCGCCAACACACCGGGCGACAUCUGGGUGCACGUCGACGCCGCGUUCGCCGGCGCCGCGCUCGUCCUCGAGGAGCACCAGCACCUCACCUCGGCCUUUGCCGCCUUCGACUCCUUCAACUUCAACCCGCACAAGUGGCUGCUGACCACCUUUGACUGCUCCGCCGUGUGGGUGCGCGCCCGCGCCGACCUCGUCGCCGCCCUCAGCAUCAAGCCCGCCUACCUGCGCAACGAGUUCAGCGACUCGGACCUCGUCACCGACUACCGCGACUGGCAGAUCCCGCUCGGCCGCCGCUUCCGCUCCCUCAAGCUGUGGUUCGUCCUGCGCAGCUACGGCGUCGCGGGCCUGCGCGCCCACGUGAGCCGCGGCAUCGAGCUCGGCCGCUCGCUCGACGAGAAGCUGGCGGGCCGGCCGGAUUUGUUCGUGCCGUUCACGCGUGCGCGCUUCGCGCUCGUCUCGUUCAGGGUGGUCGGGGUGGAUGAUGCGCAGCGCAACGAGCGCACGGAGCGCCUGUACGAGGCGCUCAACGCGUCGGGCAAGGUCUACCUGACGAGCACCGUGGUCAACAGCGUGUUUGCGAUCCGUGUCGCGACGAGCACGGCGGCGAUCCGCGAGGAGCAUAUUCAGUCCACGUUUGACCUGAUUGUCCAGGAGACGGAGGUGCUGCUGGCCAAGGAGAAGAUGACAUCGCAGUGA